UUCAAUCGAUCUAGCCAGGCCAAGAAUGCACGCAAGCUCUGGAACUCGAUGUCGCAGCCAAGGACGCUUCGGUUUGACUUUUUUGGGCCAUUGAUUGCCAACAGCAGCUUCAAUACGGACCCUUAUCUCAAGCAGACCUACCAGAACAUGACACUCCUGACGGGCUCAAACGUGCUGAGCUCGCAAUCAGAACAGUUUGACCGGACCAACAAUCGACCCGGGAUUUCUAUUUCGCACGUCGAUGACCAAUAUGCCAGCACACCCGACUUCCUCAUGACGCGGCACUACAUCACUGGCCAGACACUCGAGGAGCUUGUGAGCGAGAUGUACGACAGGUUGCCGGUCAUUCGGUACAAUACGACGCUCAACAAUGGUACACUUGUGUCGCAGGUGUACCGUUCGCCAAUCGGUCCAGGCAUCCUGAGGAUUCUAGACUCCCUGGGCUAUUCUACUGUCCUGACUAAAUCGAAUUACACAACUGACGGAGCCGUCAAGACCUACAAAUCCAAAUCGGUGUGUGAUGACAGCAAUAACAACCAUGCUUUGACCAAGGUUACCCCUGUCACAUCGGCAGGAACGGGAUUGGUAUCCUUGUUGGUCUGUUCGACGACGUCGUGGUUCAACCCAGCCGCGCACUUUUAUUAUUUAUUUACUGUUAAUAACGAGCACAAAUCUCGUUCUUGUUCUGAUGGUUGAUUUUG